CACCCAACACACACAACACACACACAACGAGAACCGCACGUGUACACCUGCUGUGUUCCCUCUAACAAUGACCGCAGAAAGUUCAGGAGAAGCGGCCGCGCCAUCCGAUGGUGCAGCAAAGAAGGGCCUCAGUAACGACCAGCUGAAGGCGUACAUUCGUAAGGCCCGGGCCAAAAUCACGGAACUCGAGGAACAGAACAAGGCUUCCGCUGUCGACGCAGGCCUGCUGAGCUCCCUUCGAGAAGAAGUGGAGGCAUGGAAAGCCAAGUUUCAGGAGCAAGUGGAAGCCACGGCCGCAGCAGCAACAGCCGCUGAGCCCAGCGACGCCGACGGCAUGGAGCAAGCCCUAAGGGAUGUGGUCCAGGCGCAGGAGGAGACCUCGCGGUGGAAGGAGAAGGCGGUUGCCGCGCAGGAGCUUGAGGUGCGAUUUCUUGGGAUGGAGGAAGAGCUCCAACAGACGAAGGCAUCAAGCGAGCUUGCCCAGGAGAAUCUGAAGGCGUUGCAUCAGGAGGAGUGCGCGCGGCUGGAGGCCGUGAUCGACUCUCUGCGGCAGGAGAUCUCCGCCUCCGAGGCCCAGCGGCAAGCGUCCGCCGCCGAAGCCGCGUCCAAGAGCCAGGAGCAGGUGGAGAGCCUUCUCAGGGACGCCGGCUUGCUCGAGCACCGGCUAGUCGGGGUCCAGCAGGAGAGGGACGAGGCGGUCGCGCAGGCCUCCCAGCUGGAGGAGCAGGCGCGACGCCUGGAGGAAGCGGUGGUCGAGUCUCGCGAGGCCGCGGAGGCCAGGGAGUCGGCGCUGAAGGAAGAGGCGGUACGGGGAGCGGCGGAGUCUCGCCAAGCCGCGGAGGCUAGGGAGACGGCGCUGAGGGAAGAAGCGGCGGCGGCGGAGGCGGAGGGGGCUUCGCGGCUGCAGCGGGCGAUGGCGGAGGCGGAAGAGCUCCGGUCGGAAGUCGAUCGGCUCCGUGAAGCGGCGGCAGAAGCUGCUACUGCUGCUGCUGCUGCUGCUGCUGCUGCUGCUGCUGUGAAGGAGAAAGAGGAGGAGGAGGAGGAAGAGGAGGUGGAGGGUGAGGGUGAGCGGACAGCAGCGGCAGCGGCAGCGGCAGCGGCUGACGAACUCGCGAGCACUAGGGCGGAGGUCGAUGAGCUUCGAGCAAAGGCAGCGGCCGUUCAGGAGGAGGUCGACCGGCUCCGUGAAGCGGCGGCAGAAGCUGCUUCUGCUUCUGCUGCUGCUGCUGCUGCUGCUGCUGCUGUGAAGGAGAGAGAGGAGGAGGAGAAGGAGGGUGAGAGUGAGCGGACAGCAGCGGCGGCGGCAGCGGCAGUGGCUGACGAACUCGCGAGCACUAGGGCGGAGGUCGAUGAGCUUCGAGCAAAGGUGGCGGCUGCUGAGGAGAUGGUCGCCUCAGCCAACAGGGAAAGAGAUGAGGCGGUGUCGACCAAUACCAAUGCGGCGGCGGCCGCAGCGGAGGCGGCGGCGGAGGUGGAGGCCGGGUUGAAGAGAGAGCUGGAAGCAUCCCGGGCGGAGCUGGAAGGAGAAAGGGUGAGGGUAGCCUCGCUUGGGCAGGAGCUCGGCCAAGCCUUCAAGGACAAGGAGGAGGCGGAAGCGCGCGCCGACGCCGCGUCUCAAGACCUCGCGACCAGCUCGGCGGCGCUACGGGCCGAGCGCGACGCUCUGAGCGCUCGCCUCGCCACCGUCGAGGAAGAAGCGGCGGCGGCAAUGGCACGGAAACUAGAGGAGGAGGAGGAGGAGGAGGAGCCGCAGCCGCCGGAAACGGAGGCGCCUUCGGUGGGAGACGGCGAGCCGCCGGAGGAGGCGGCGGCGGCGGCGGACGCUGGGCAGGCAGAGGAAGAACUAGCGGCCUUGCGCACGAGGUGCGCGGAGCUGGAGAUCGGAGCCGCGGUGGCUUCCGAAAAGAUCGCUGCCCUAGAGGCGAGGGUCAGGGACGCGGACGCCGUUUCACCAUCAUCCACGGCAGAGGAUGCCGCCGCUGCUCCGGAAGAAGCCUCCGGGGGCGAUCGGGGUCAAGACGAAGACGGGGAUGCCGCCGCCACUGUCGUCGAGGCGACGAUGCCGGGGGUCACAUCCGAGGCGGCGACGGAUACCAGGGAAGAGGAGAGCGGGGCUCAGCGGGAGCUGCUGGAGAAGCGUUUGCGUGAGGCGGAGGAGGCCUCCAAGGAAGCCGCUAGAGAGAAGGAAGGCGUGGUUGCUGGUCUGCGCGAAGAGCAGGCCGCGUUGAACUCCCGCGUGCUCGAGCUCACCGCCGAGGUUGCGACGGCGAGAGAAGCGUUGUCGUCGUCGCAGAAGUCUCUGGAGAGGGAGAGGGAGGACGGGCUCCGGAAGGCCCGGGUGCUGACCGAGCGCGCCGAGGCGGCGGAGCAAGCGGCGGCUACGGCGGCGGAAGAAGCGGCAGCGGCGGGGCAAGAGCGGGAGCGGGACCUUUUGGAACAGAGGGAGAAGGCGGCGGAGGCGGAAGAAGCCUUGCGGAGGUUGCGGCAGGAGAAGGCCUCGCUGGAAGGUCGCCUGGAGGAGGCCAUCGAGGAGACCAGCCGCUUGCGGCAAGAGCUGACCGCGGCGAUAUCGGGGUCGACAGCGUCUCAAGAGGGAGCCGCCGAGGCGGUGGCUAAGGCGGAGGGGGAGCGUGCCGCGCUUGAGGAGCAGGUGGCCGGUCAGAAGGACAAGCUCAAGAAGGCGGCGGCAAGGCUCCGGUCUCUCAAGGAGGAAAGAGAUGCCGCCACCGAGAAGGUGGCCUCCACGGCGGCUCUCCUGGAAACUUCCGAGAAAAAUCUGGCGGACGCCGAGGCGCGCAGCCGCUCCCUCGAGGAGGCUAUUGGGGGCGAGGAACAGGCGGCGGCGGCGGCUUUGCGAGAUGCGGAGGGGAGGGCGGCGGCCUCUGCGGAAGCUUUGGCCGCGCUGGAGCAAGAGGCCUCGGGGCUUCGCGAGGAGCUGGCAAAUGCCACCUGUCGCCUUCGAGAGGCAGAGGACCUGUUGCGAAGCACCUCCGAGGAGUCGAUGGUCCUCAGGCGGGGACUGGAGGAGCGGUGCCAGCGACUGGAGGAGAGCGCUGCGCGAGCACCCGCCCUAGAGGCCGACCUAGCGGCUGAGCGCUCCGGUCGGAGGGAGCUCGAGGUGGAGCUCGAGAGCCUGAAGGCGGGGGCCAGGGAGCUGGAAACCCUCAAGGAAGGCACUGCGAGGGAGAGCGAGGAGAUCAUGGGGGCCCUUCAGGGGCAGGUGGACGCUGCCAACAAGGAGCGCGACGCGGCUAUUGCCGGGCUCGAAGCGGCGGAACAAGAGCGGGAGAGCAGCAAGACAAGGCUCAAGGAUCUCUUCGCCAAGUACAAGGCCGUGCAAGCGAAGCACAAGGCUGCUCAGGAGGAGUGCGACGCCCUUAAGCCGCAAGCCGACAAGGUGUCCAAGCUGGAAGCCGCCAGCGCCGAGUUGCAGGGGAAGGUGGAAGAGCUGGACUCUAAGGUUAAGGCCGCCGACUCGGCCCUCAAGGAACGCGAGGACGAGUUCGCGAAGAUGGUGGGCGAGAAGGAGCAGGUGGCCGCCGCGGAGAAGUCGGCGAAGGAGGACCUGGAGGUGAAGGUGAAGCGCCUGAAGUCUCUGCUGUCCAAGCUGCAGAAGUCGAGCCACAGCAAGGACGCAGACCUCGCCGCCCUCAAGGCGCCCGCGCCGCCGCCGAAGGCAUUCACCGUGGCCCUCAGGGUGCGCCACGAGGGCAGCACUUGGUGUUUCGUCAAAGCUACACAGCAGCCUGCCACAAGCGAAGACGGAGGCAAGGAUACUGCUCCAGCGGAGGCAAGCGCGGCGCCCAAACCCGACAAGCAGCAGUGGGUCACUGAAGACAAGGCGCGCACAUGGCUGGCGGGCGGGUCUUCCAGCUCGGACGUGGCCCUCUGGCCGAAGGUGGUGCAGGAGGCGUUCGAGGAGAGGGCGGUCGCGGCGGCGGCGGAGGCCAGGGUGGCCGCCGAGGGCGCUCUCGCGACGCGGCAGGAGCUCGAGGCGCUGUCGACCGAGUUCGCCAAGUACAAGGCCCGGGCGCACACCGCGCUGAAGAAGGCCACCUCCAACGGUGCGGAAGACAAGCGGAAGGACGAGCUCAUCGCCGCGCUCCAGUCCGAGGUAGCAAGACUCACCAAACGGGUGGAGGAGACCGCGGCUAAACUCGAGGAUCUCGAGAGCAAGCUCGCCGAAGAGCAGGGGGUGUCUAAGGCCAGAGAGGACGACCUCGAAACCGCGUCUGCAGAGCUAGAGACGGCGCAGGAGCAAGUUCGUGGCCUGCAGGGGUCUCUGAGAGAUCAAGAACGAAAGCUGGCUCAGCUACAGGAAGCGGAAGAAGGGCACAGCGAGGAGAUGUCCGCUCUGCGCGAAGCCAGAGACGAGCUCAAGUCGCAGCUCAAGGCGGCCAAAGCUCAGGCCAAUGAGAGCUCCUGCAUAGCCCAGAGGCUGCAGGAGGAGUUGGAGGAGGUGACUAAAUCGAGAGGGAAUGAUGAUCGCCGCGGCAACGGAAAUGGUAGCUGGGAUGCCCGCGCCGACGGCGGGUGGGCAGGGCAGCAACUUCUGUCCAGCAGCGGCGGCGGCGGCGGCGGUGCACGACUCCAAGCGACGGAUGAGCCCGCCGCCGCCCUCGGGGUUUCCAAAGGAGGCGUCCCUCUCUCGGAGGGGGGCGUUCCUCCCUUGCCCGCUGCCGGGCUUGGCGGCAUGCCGUCCGCGUCGGCGUCUCCGUCGAACAGCGGCGGCGCCGGUGGCGGUGGCGGCUUCGCAGAGGGGGGCGCCGGGCAGCCGGUGCAGCUCAUGGCGGUCGCGGAGCUCGAAAGGAGACACACGAGCUUGGAGGGCCACGUGCAGGCCGAGGUUACCGAGAUGAGGAACGAGCUCGCCGAGGCGCUGCUAAGGGUCGAGCAGCUGUCGGCCCAGGAGUCGCUCCUCAAGUCCACCAUCAGGGCGCUGGAGACAGAUCUCGUGACGGAGAGAAAUCUUGGCAGCGGAGAAACUGCACCGAUCAACGUGGCUUACCUCAAGUCGGCAGUCGUUAGGUACAUGUCUACCCGCGAUGCUGGGGAGCAACGCAGCCUUCUCCGAGUGAUCUCGACCAUCCUGCAAUUCACAAAGCAGGAGGUGGCAGACGUUGAGGCUCGUAUCACGGAGCUAGAGAAGACCAUGGUCAGGCGCGCCGGCAGUAUGGUGGGGGGAGCCGGACGGCGCGUGGGCGGGGUCGUCGGCGGGGUUGUGGGUCUCGUGUGGGGAGGGGGGAGGGCUGCCGCGGCGGAUGACGGCGACGGCGUAGACGUUACGGAGGACGGCGGCGAGGAGGGAUAGAAACGCGGCGCUGUCUGUCUCCGAAACGUCCGCGGCGUCUGUACCUCCGGAGAUUCGUGUUCAUCAUCCAUUUCCUCCAUACGUGAAAAACUGUUUUCAUUACUCCACGGUGGAAACUGGUUGUCGUCCAACAGCACUGCGAAGUGGUACGGAUUGCCGUGGGCCACGGCUGCCCACGACUGCUUACGCAGUGAUUAAUAUUUCUCGACGAGAGGCGAGAGCCGUAGGACUUGGUGUGGUGUGUCGGGAUGGUCACGCGCGGUCACCGCCAAGAGGCAACGGCCGGGCAUUUCGCCGCAGCAGAACCCCCAAUUUGAUGAUAGAACGAACGCCGUCAUCUUCACCUCUUUUAUCAUGUAGCAGCUGCCCGGUUCAGUUUUUUACCGCAUCGGGUGUUAAAGUAGGGGGGGGGGCAGUUUCGCCCGAAUAGCAGCGUCUUGGUGGGACAUGCGCCCCGGUCUCGACGCGCUCUCCAGACGUGUUUAGUGUUUAGGGGUUCAUGUGUGUGCAUGUAGGGGGCGUUGAUACGGAAUAUUGUGUGCUGAACGGACUUGUUUUCUGGUGUCGUUUGGUGUGAGCUGUGCUGGAAUGGUUUGCAUCGUCAAAGCCACGGGUUGGGGUGUAUUGGCCGCGGGAAUAUAACAAGGGGCAGAAAAAUGGGGACUGAGUCGUCUAUGCAUCGGUUAGGAAGGCGUUCUUUCUGACAAGUGUCGAGGGCUUUGUCGUGUCUUGCGCGGCGUUUUCGCUGGCCAGUCGAAUCAGGCGAGCCAGUGUUGAGCAUUUUCGCUUCUUGAUGGAAGGCGAAAGGAGCUAAAGUAACAAAAUAACAAAACAACUAAUAUAGGGAUAAGAACACGAGCAUGC